AUGAUCCCAGAGGUCCUGGGCAAUGCCACAUCCCUGCCCGUCCAGGACGGCCAGUCCCUGCGCUUGAUCUGUGACACUGAUGGCAACUACCCUGCCAGGCUGAGCUGGUCCCAGGGAAGCCUGACCCUGUGCCCCUCCCAGGCCUUGGAUCCUGGGGUCCUGGAGCUGCCCCGGGUGGUCUUAGGGGAUGGAGGAGAAUUCACCUGCAGAGCUCAGGACCCUUGGGGCUCCUACCAUGUCUCCGUGAACCUAGUUGUGCAGGCUUUCUCUUGUUCCUGGCCCCACAUCUCUGGGCAGCAGGGGGGCUCCUGGCCUCUAGUCCUCACCCUGCUCAGGGGGUCCCUAAUGCGGGCUGCCUUUCUUCUCACCUACAGCCUCACCUGGAUCUACUACACCAGACACUACCAAAAGCGGAAGAGAGAAUCUGGGGCUGACUCAACCUCCCCGGGGACCCAGGGCCCACAGUGGCUCUCUGAACAUCAGAUGUUCCAGGAUAGGGACCCCAGAAGGUGGACCAUCCCAGGGCAGGAGGACAGAAUGUCACUGCAGCUGCUUCUGCUGCUGCCUGUGCUGUGGGGAGCUCAGGAUCAGAGGUACCGGCUGGAACUACAGGAGUCUGUGACAGUGCAGGAGGGCCUGUGUGUCUUCGUGCCCUGCAAAUUUUCCUAUCCCAGGACCACCUUUGGAAUCCUCCACGUGUUCUGGUUCCGGAAAGGGGCGGAUAGAAACCGUGAUAAUCCAGUGGCCACAAACAAAAGAGAACAGAAGCUGCAUGAGAGCACCCAGGGCCGGUUCUUCCUCCUCGGAGACCCCCAGGCCCAAAACUGCUCCCUGAGCAUCAGAGACGUCAACAUGGGGGACAGUGGGUCUUACUUCUUUCACAUGGAGAAAUACUUCACGAAACACUCGUAUCUGGAUAAGAUGCUUUCUCUGAAUGUGACAGCCCUGACUCACAGGCCCGACAUACUUAUCUCGGGGCCCCUGGAAUCGGGCCACCCCAAGAACCUUACCUGCUCUGUGUCCUGGGCCUGUGAGUGGGGCACACCCCCCAUCUUCUCUUGGACGUCAGUUGCUCUCACCUCCCUGGGACACAGGACCCUCCUCUCUUCAGUGCUCACCCUCACCCCACGGCCCCAGGACCACGGUACCAGCCUCACCUGUCAGGUGAAGUUCCCUGGAGCUGGUGUAACUCUGGAAAGGACCAUCCAGCUCAACAUCACCUAUGCUCCACAGAACAUGGUCAUCAGCAUCUUCCAAGGAAACAGCACAGCACUCAAGAUUCUGCAAGACGCCUCAACCCUUCCCAUCCUGGAAGGCCAGGCUGUGCGGCUGCUCUGUGUGGCUGACAGCAACCCCCCUGCAGAGCUGAGCUGGUUCCAGGGGUCCCCAGCCCUGAACACCACCCCCAUCUCCACCACCGCCAUCCUGGAUCUUCCUCGCGUAGAGACUACAGGGGGAGACUUCACCUGCCUCGCUCAGCACCCGCUGGGCUCCCAAAAUGUCUCUGUGAGCCUCUCCGUGGUCUACCUCCCACACCUGCUGGGUUCCUCCUGGUCCUGGGAUGACCAGGGUCUGCACUGUGUCUGCUCCUCCCGAGCCCAGCUGGCCCCCUCCCUGCACGGGCGGCUGGGGGAGGGUCUGCUGGAGGGGAACAGCAGCAAUGCCUCCUUCACGGUCACCUCCAGCUCCGAGGGGCCCUGGGCCAACAGCUCCCUGAGCCUCAGCGAUGGUCUCAUCUCUGGUCUCCGAAUCAGUUGCGAAGCCUCAUAUGUCCGUGGGGCCCAGGGAGCCACUGCCCUGCUGCUGCCAGGUCAGGGGUCUCCAGAGGGGUGA